ACGACGGGUGCUUCUUUUCUGCUGCAGCACACACUCGCUCUAUUCGUGAAUUAGACAGUCACUUUUUCUUGAUCCCUUUUACUCCGUAACGUGUGCAGAAAAGCACUGUAAAAACCGUUGUGGACAAAUUCACAGUGACAAUUUGCUGAACCACCUUUGACCGACUUGUUCUAACCUACAGACAGAGAUAUAUUCUAUGCCCUUGGUUCCAGUUUCCGGUUCCCGCUAAAAGGAAUAGCAAAACCGUUUCGACCUGCCUGGUCGCAUCCUUUGUGCAUAGUCCCGAACAAGACACCUUAGGGCACCUCGACUGGCAUGCGACGACAAAUCAUUGCUUCAGGUCCCUAGUCUUGACGGCAUAUCCAUAACCGCGUCGGAUCCCUUGUCUUGACCACAAAGCAUCACCAACAAUUCUCGCUGAAGAGAGUCGCAUGCUCGAUUGACUGCGCAAGUAAAGAAGAUUAAAAAGAACAAAGGGGAAUAAGAUGGCCUUCCUCUUCGGCUCAAGAGGACGACAGAAACACCCUGCUGAGAUUGCGAGGGGUUUGAAAGAGUUGCUAGGCAAGUUGGGUGAAGGGUCGAAGGGAGGGAAUGGGAGUGCCAAUGAUGCAAACGCAAAGGUCGAAGAAGAAGUCGGCAAGCAUAUGAACCAGAUGAAGUUGAUCGUACAGGGGACUCCUGAAGUAGAAUGUUCCCCCGAUCAAGUCCAUCAACUGGUGACCUGCAUCAUCCAAGAAGACAUCCUAUACGAACUCGCCCGCUCAAUCCGAUUAUUACCGUUCGAAGCCCGCAAAGACGCCCAGAUCAUAUUCUCACACAUCUUGCGAUGGCGGCCGAACGGGACACCACCCACCACAGAGCCGUCGGCGAUAUCAUACCUCGUCGUGCAACGGCCGGAGAUCAUCGUGGAGCUCUGCCGGGGCUACGAGUAUCCUCAAUCUGCAAUGGCUUGCGGCACGAUACUGCGACAAGCCUUGCAGUACGACACCAUCGCCGCCGUCAUUUUGUACGAUGAAUCACAGCCUAAUGUCGAGGGAGCAAGGGCAGUGCAACUUAAAGAGGUCGACGUUACGAGAAAACAGACCGGAAACGGUGUGUUUUGGAAGUUCUUUAGCUGGAUCAACAGAGGAAGUUUCGAAGUCAGUGCGGAUGCAUUUACGACAUUCAGAGAACUCUUGACCAAACACAAAUCGAUCGUCUCUCAAUACCUGGCCACGAAUUACGACCUCUUUUUCAAAACCCAUUACAACCCCACCCUCCUACUAUCACAGUCAUAUGUCACCAAACGCCAGUCGAUAAAGUUGCUGGGCGAGUUGCUCCUGGACCGUGCGAAUUAUGUCAUCAUGACACAGUACGUCGCGAGCGGCGACAACCUCAAACUCACAAUGAACCUGCUCAAGGACGACCGGAAGAUGGUCCAAUACGAGGCCUUUCACGUGUUCAAGGUCUUUGUGGCCAAUCCUAACAAGAGUGACGACGUGAGGCGGAUACUUGUGAAGAACCGGGGGAGGUUGUUGAAGUUCUUGCCCACCUUUCUGGAAGGCCGUACCGACGACGACCAAUUUCUGGACGAGAAAAGUUUCCUGCUGAGACAGAUUGAGAUGUUGCCGGACGUUGAAGGGGCGGAUCAACCUGCGGUGAACGGGGGAGAGGGCGGCGGGUUGAGGGUAGGCGCAUAAGAUGCUUGAUCCCGGGCCUUUUCUGUAACUUGGGCACCGUACAAAUGGUAAUUAUACCUACCCCGACAUUUGCCUUGUUGUGGUGGCGGCGGCGGUGGUGGUGAGAGGCCAGUGAGAGAGAGUGUGUGGGUUUGCUGCAUUGCAUUCCUGAUCUGGUAGAUGGUGAGUGCUGUACUGGUGUUUUAUUCUCAAGGGAGGGCAAAGUCGAGAGGGGGGG